CUAGCCACUCUCGUAAUUACUCCCUCUGUCCGGAAAUAUUUGUCCGAGGAAUGGAUAUAUUUUAGUUUUAGAUACAUCCAUUUGUAUUCAUUUCUAUGACAAGUAUUUCCGGACGGAGGGAGUAGCUUAUUUGGAGUAGUGAAGGGUAUGCACAACUAUAUUUAAAUAUAUAUCAUAAAACAUUAAGUGUGCACGUAUAAUUGAGACCUCAUCAUUGGCAAAAAAAAGAGUUUUUUAUAUAAAAAAUGCAAGAAGAAGAGAUUAAGAUCUGAUCAUGCAAAGCAUGUAUGCAACGAACGUCUUCAACGACUGGUUUGGCUCGCUUAAUGCGCAUAUAUCUCUUUCUUUAAGCAUCGGAGAAAGAAGGGCAGGAGGUCGCUUUCUCGCAUGUCGGGGGCUUGCUUUCGGUUGUGUGAUGUGCUCCUCCGCACCCGCGCGUUGAUGCAUCCACGUCGCGCCUCCUCUCGUCGACCUCUUUGCCUAUAUACCACACGCACACCAGCACCGGCCGAUGCACUCGCCGACCUCUCCUCUCCAUCAUACCACGCACUGACACCGAUCGACAGACGCCGAGGCGCAAAAGGAUACCAUGAUCGCUAUUGCCGGCGCGUUGGUCGCCGGUGUGGCAGCCGCGGCCACGGCGGGGAUGCUUGCGUUGGCGUCGUCGCGCGGCGACCGGGGCGAGGAUGCCACGAGCGCCGUGGCGGCGCCGGCGGCGUCCCAGGAGUGCGCGGUGUGCCUGUCGGAGCUGGUCGGAGCGGCGGGAUACUCCGGCGACUCCGAGCCAUCGUCGGCGCUGGUACGCGUGCUGUCGGGCUGUGGGCACGGGUUCCACGACGAGUGCAUCGGCAGGUGGCUGCUGCUGCGCCCCGAGUGCCCGCUCUGCCGCUGCCCCGUGGUCACCGCGGACAGUCGGCUAGCCAGGAAGGCCGUGUCGCUGGCGGAGGCCGCGCCUGCCUUGUCGCGGCCGGCUAGGAUCGCGUGCGGCUUCGGCGACGGGAGGGUGGUGUGGACGCGUAGCCCACCCGUGGCAUUGUAAAGGGCCGUGUGAGGAAGGUCAUCUGAUUACUCGAGGAUUAGUGAAGCCAAAGUGGAAGGAGUGCUUCAAGAUUUCACAUUAUUCUUGGUUGAUUGUGUGGAAUCGGAUUUAUAUGGGUUUACCAUCAUAUCAUCAUUGUUUUGUCCUCGUUUCAUGUGCAAAAUGCUUGCGGACCUUUAUUCCAUAGCUUGUCACUUUAUCACACAGGUGAACCUUACGUUUUUUUAUUAUGGUUGAGAUAUUUUGUACUUCCGAUAAAUUGAUAAUAGAUCCGGGUAUUUUUCGAA